AUGUUAUCUUCUCUUGUUGAAUUUGAGAUGCUUAACAAAAAUAGUGAUGAUCACAAGACAAAUGUGGUGGGAACUUUAAAUAUGCUUGGACUUGCAAAGCGGAUCAAUGCACGUUUCUUGCUAACAAGCACAAGUGAAGUCUAUGGUGAUCCUCUUGAACACCCACAGGAUGGGAAAGUUGGAAUAAUGAAUAUGGGUCCCUAUAAUGCAUCGUGUGCAUUGUCAACUUUUAAUACGACUAAACACAGAAAUGGAGUAAUUCAAACUAGAAGUUUCCAAUAUGUUUCCGACUUGGGCGAAGGCUUAAUGAGACUAAUGAAAGGGGAGCAUGUGGGACCUUUUAAUCUCGGCAACCCUUUCGAAUUCACCAUGCUUGAACUUGCUAAGGUGGUGCAAGAAACCAUUGAUCUAAAUGCAAAAGAUAGAAUUCAGGCCAAACACAGAAGAUGAUCCUCAUAAAAGGAAACCGGACAUUUCAAGGGCAAAAGAGCUUCUUGGAUGGAUGCCAUGUGUAUCUCUUCGAGAAGGACUUCCAUUGAUGGUUUCUGAUUUUAGGCAACGAUUAUUUGGAGACCAAAAGGAUCCUUCUAUAAAUACAUUUUCUUUUGUAUAAUUAAUAUUAGUAUUUGUUAUAUAUAGCUAGAAAUUAAUAACCAGUUCAUUAUAAAAUAGUUAUAGAAACCAUGUACAUAUGUGUCUUAGUUAUCUAAUUAAUUUCAUUACUUCAGUUC